AUGAUGGAGCAUAAUGGUUUCUCUUCUCCUCGAAAUGAUUCUUUUCCUGCUGGUCUUCGUGUUCUCGUUGUCGAUGAUGAUCCCACCUGGUUAAAAAUCCUUGAAAAGAUGCUCAAGAAAUGCUCUUAUGAAGUGACCACUUGUGGUUUGGCAAGAGAUGCUUUGAACCUGCUUCGUGAGAGGAAAGGUGGAUAUGACAUUGUAAUUAGCGAUGUCUACAUGCCUGACAUGGAUGGUUUCAAACUUUUAGAGCAUGUUGGACUGGAGAUGGAUCUUCCAGUCAUAAUGAUGUCUGUUGAUGGAGAAACAAGCAGGGUGAUGAAAGGCGUUCAACAUGGAGCGUGUGAUUAUCUUUUAAAGCCUAUACGAAUGAAAGAACUCCGGAAUAUAUGGCAGCAUGUUUUCAGAAAGAAAAUACACGAGAUAAGAGAUAUUGAAAUUCUCGAAGGGAUCGAAAGUUUUCAAAUGACUACAAAUGGAUCAGAUCAAUAUGAGGAUGGGCAUUUGCUCUGUGGAGAAGAUCUUCCUUCCAUAAAGAAAAGAAAAGAUAGUGAAAGCAAGCAUGACGAAAAAGACAUUGGUGAUAAUACUUCUACAAAGAAAGCUAGAGUGGUUUGGUCUGUAGAUCUUCACCAGAAAUUUGUCAAAGCGGUAAAUCUGAUAGGAUUUGAUACCAUAUCUUUGUCAUGCUUCUACAGAGCAAUGACAAGUAAUGUAUGUUUGGCAGAAGUUGGUCCCAAGAAAAUACUUGACUUGAUGAACGUGCCAUGGUUGACGAGAGAAAAUGUUGCUAGCCACUUGCAGAAAUACCGACUGUAUUUGAGUAGAUUGCAGAAAGAAAACGAUUUAAAAAGUCCUGUUGGUGGGAUAAAGCAGUUGGACUCACCUUCGAGAGAUUCUGCUGGAAGUUUUGGCUCUCGGAAUUCACUCAACUUGCAGAACAAUGAUGUUUCAAGUGGGGGCUAUGGAUUUUCUGGCAGUAGCUUAGUUGUCCACAAUGUGGAUCCCAGAAGCCACGAUGGUGACCGAAAGAGGCUUGUCACAACGCCUGUGGCAGAACCCAAAAGAGCCUUAACUGUUGAUGUUCCCAAUCCUCAUAAAACCAGGUGUUCACAAAUGGAAUUUGGUCAUCCCCUGGCACCUCCACAAUCAGAAGUAAACUUCGGAGCAUUUGAUUCUACCUUCUCAACAAAGUAUCCUUGGUGUGGAAUUCCAGAGAUUCAACUCAAACAAGAACAUAAUCCACUUCAUUUGAAUGAUGGGCUCAGCCACCUACCACUGCCUGGUCAAAAGCAGCUUAUCCGAGCUGAUUAUCCACAGCCUGCUCCAGCCAUGAGUUCUGCACCUUCCGUGACAGAAAGAGAAUUUGGUUGCCCCAUCAAAAUUAAGCCUUCGCAUAACGAGUACAGAAGCAAUGCUAGCCAUGUAAGUUCAACAGCUAGUGCAGUUGACUCUAGUCCUCUUCAAACAAAGACCAAUAUGGUAAAUCAUCAAGCUGUUGAGUCCAUUUCCAAAAGCACAUCAAGUACGGAAAAUCAAGGCUUGAAUAUGAAUUCCAUUGCAGACUUGGAAUCUUCAAGAAAGAACAUGAAUUUGGGAAUGCCGUCGUUCGCUACUUUGGAUGAGGACUUGCAAGUAUGUUUGCUUUCUGGUGAUUCAUAUAUGAAUCUUGAAUUCCAGAACAUAGAGAUUCCGGAAUACUUUGACCCAGGUCUUAUCACAGACGUACCAAUAAACUUUAAUGAUGGGCUGAGGUUUGACUAUGAGUUCUAUGAUCCAACAGAAUAUUCUCUAAUAGAUCAAAGCUUGUUUAUAGCAUGA